AUGAUGAGACACGAAUUUGGCACAGGAGAAACCAGCACUUCCAGAGACACAGAUUUAUACACCAACUGCAACAAUAUCCGUAGUAGUACCUCUCACGUCCACGGUGAAGAAGAACAACUUUCGGCACAACGCGCUGAAAAAGUUGGGGAUGACUUGUAUGGUACAUGCGUCUCCUGUCCUGUAGAGGAUAAGCUUCCGCCGCCGUGGUCACAGGAGUGUGAUCGUGACCACACCCAACGCCUGGAGCCGUCUCUAUUGCCGACGGAGGUGGAACUUCCGCUUGGAUCAUCUGCCGACGGCGAGAGAGUGGAACCGGCAGCGACUGGGGAGAUUAAAUCACCAGCGAGGUGGGAACGUUCAUCACAGGAGGUGCCAGAGAUGGAUGUGCCGCUGCCGAUCUUAUCUUUCCCUCUUUCGGAUGCGAGCCAGCAGGAGGAGGGAGGCCUCGCGACAGGUACAGAAGCUAAAGGAGUGACAGCAUGUCUGCUCUCUAGGAGUAGCAGCAUCAGCAGCAAGAUUAGUAGUAGUAGCAGCAGUAGUAGUAGUAGUGGUAGCAGUAAUAACAGGAGCAAUGCCUCCAAUUGUAUCACAUCCUUACCUCAACGGUGUGAAACUGGUCUGACGACUUUCCCGUUGUCUUCAGAGGUAGUACCGAUGCCACGUGUCACUGCCACAACAAGUGACUACGAUACAUUGGAUGAGGCAAACGCCUGGAUAAAGCGAGACCAAUCUGAGCGGCAGGUGGGGGAGUUGCAGCAAACUUCAGCAACGACUGAGGUGGUGCAAGAGCAGCAGAAGCACGACUCUGUACAGACUACCGAUGUGCCAGUGAGCCGUGCCAAUAAUAGUUAUCGCAGUAGUGGCGGUGUUUUCGAUCAGAAGAACGUAGUUCCGAGGGGAACGGUGCGUGAGAUGACACCCACCACGCAACGCCGGGGAAAGACGACUGCCACAAGGAAGUUAACACCACAACACGCAAAGUCUCUCACGUCAGUGGACGCUUUCACCGCUCCGAAAGAUCGAUUGCGUGAAUCCUCAUUUUCUAGGGGUCGCCAUUCAGAAGACCAUAUUCGAUCUAACACACACGUUGCUGCAACUUCUUCGACAAAGACAAAGGAAAUGAGAGCGGGAAAUUCUCUUCGUUCGUUGUCGCCAUCUCGAACGGGAUCCACCGAUAGCAAAAAAAAUAAAACCAACACAGAUCCUUGCGGUGUUUUUAAGGAUGUAAUGCGUGGUGAGGUUGGUGGAGAGGUGCAAUCGGGUAAACCAUCGCAGCUCCAAAAGCUCUCAUCAGAACAGCAAUUCCUCAGUAGUAUUAGUGAAGACUUUGGCCUUCCUACCUCGCAGAGCGAGUCUAUCCAGAACCCUGUACAGGUUGCCAACAACACUAUGCGUCCUGUUCCGGGUCCAUCCACUGUAUCUUCACCGAGGCAGCAACAACAAAAUCUUCAUCAUCAUCAUCAGCAACAGCAACAACAACAACAACAGUCACAACAACAGUCGCAGCAGGGCUCUAUUUUGGCUCAUAAUAAUCAGAACAAAAUAAUGACCGCGGCCCCUACUGCUUCCAACUGGCCUAUUUUGCCUAUGCACGACUUUAUUUCUUCGUUGCAGAUUUAUGUGAACACGUGUCUAGGUCUUCGUGAAAGUGACCGACAGGCACGGCAUAGAUUCAUUUCCCGUAUUCAGCGUGUUGUUACGAAGGUGUUUGGCCAAGGGACAGAAGUUCGAGUGCAUGGGUCUAUUACAACAGACCUUGCACUACCAUCUAGCGAUAUUGAUUUGCUUGUUGUGGGGUACGAACCGUUGACACCACUGCAGGCUAUUCAACAGCUCUCACGGGCUAUCUAUAAUAUUGAGGAGCGAGAGUUGGAAGAAUUAGAACCGGGAGAAUCAGUAGACGCUAGAGGAUCAUCUGGGGUUGAUUGUAGCAGUGGGACCGGUGGGGGUAUGGAAGAGGCAGAGGAGGGAACUUCGGGAACCAAGAAUAGUGCUUUAGCCUUCACACCUGGUUCUGCUUCUGUUGGUGUUGUUGGUGGAGUCCCUGAUUUAGAUGUGGAUGUUGCACUGGUACCAGAAGGUGAACUUGGCGCGGCAGAUUCUAUCAUGCAUGUAGAGGAGGAGGAGGCGGAGUACCGCUCUCAGAUUGAACGGGAUUAUUUGUUUAGCACUAGAGCCGGUUUGACGACGGCUGCGAUGGCGUCAUCCCUCCCACCCGCUGGACCCGCUGCGGCGAUGACGUUGCACGGCUGCAUGAAUCCAUUUCUUGGAGCACCAUUGCAGCACACAAUGUUGCGUUCGUUUGUCGGACCGGGUGUGUCAACUACAACAGGGGACUCUACGACGAUCAAUGAUACGCAGAUGAACACGGUGGGUCACCGAUUGUAUGUCCCAACACUUGAAGGCCCAGUCUUUCAGGUACAGACUAUCAUUUCAACUCGCGUCCCGGUUAUCAAAGUAACAGAUAAGGCUACCGGUAUGCGGGGGGACAUCACGUUUGCUGGUGGAGAACACUGGCGCUCAAUGCAGUUAACCAAUCAUUUAUUAAAGCAGUAUCCAGCGUCAAGAGGACUUAUCUUGUUUCUCAAGCACUGUGUGAGGCAAAUGGGAAUAGGUGAUUCACAACCAGGAGGUGUGACAUCAUUUGCUAUCUACCUUAUGGUGUUACACUUUUUUAAUGAGAUCUCAAAACAUAUAGAAAGUCUACUUCAACAACAACAACAACAAUUGCAGGAACAACAACGGAGAGAUAUGUCACACGUAGCCACACAAACGGGGCCUGAAUUAUCUGGAAAUUCUGCUGUCGUGAAUGACAGUGCCGAUAUGAGUGGAAAUGGUGCAAAAAAUACUGCGGUGCAUUCGGGAGUGACCCAUACACAAACCCCUCAAAGCUCUUAUCUAAGAUCUGGAAAUUCACCAACCUCCUCUCACCAAGCUUCAUAUUUCGAUGAUAGAGUCUUCGUGGUUGAAUUAAUGCUUAUGCAGCGCUUCAGUCAACACAAACAAAGUAAUGACCGUGGUCAGAGUACUGCGAAUAUUUUAAGUUCUAUCUUGGAAUUUCUGGAUGAGGAGGAGGUACCAAAAGGUUUAGGUGAUGAUGGAAAAGAAAAGCAUACAGCCGAGCUUGUAGAGGAACGAACAGGAGCUAAACUUGUGGCCCCAUCAAACUCUUAUGCUAUAGAAUUGAGUGAUGGUGGUGUCCAUAAUAAGAAAACCCCUCAUCAUAUUGAUCCAUACGACGCAGAAGGUGUAACAGCGGCCCUUGUUGCUCCAUCUUCGGACGGUGUAGUUGAUAUCACUGAAAAAGGCAUGAAUGAUAGUAACGGUAAUGUAUGGGAUGACAGAAAUGAUGUGGAUGUCGUUUGCGAUAGUAGUAGUGGUAUUGUUGACAAUGGUGAUGAUGAUCACAGUAAGGUUGUUGGGUCAGAUUAUGCAAGUAGUAGCAGUUGCAAAGGUGAUGGAGAAAGCGCUGUUAUUGAAGAAACGAGAGACGAUGAAAAAGUUGAGCAUGACGAGACGGAGGAAAAUGAGACAAAUUUGUUCCGUUCCUUGGCACUCCGAUGGCUUUCCAAUGCACCACUAGGACUCUUAUUUCAUGACUUUUGUUUCUACUACGGGUUUACCUUUGACUAUGAUGCCCAUGGUUUGCGCUUUGAGCCUCUUGGUGACUCUAGCGUGGUACCAAAACCACGGAAAUGUCAGCAGCGUGGGCAGCAUUUGUAUAUGACAUCACCCUUUGAUGAUCAGUACGACAUCACCGCAAGGAUGUUGAGAACACGCGAGUUCCAGGAACUUUGUUGUAUGUUUGUGCCUAUAACCACUCCUAUGGGAGCGUUUGGAGGCUACGGUAAUUGUGUCUGCACGCUGCAGCAGGCGUUGGAAUGGAUUUCCCCUGAAACUGCUUUUGAAGAACUCAUGGCUGUUAACUCAGCGAUCCAACAGCAGCAGCAGCAACAACAACAACAGCAGCAGCAGCAACAAGAACAACAGGAACAACAACAACAACAAGAACAAGACCAACAAGAAAAGUAUGUAGAGGACUUGGGGACAGCAUUAACGACUGCAGAAGGUCCAAUGCCGUCUUCGAACAUUACUGUAAAUGGUGGUAAAGGGAAACUGUCUCCUCCGCUGUUGUUGAUGCGCGCCGGGGUGGAGAGAAAAGAUCAGUCUACUUCUCCUGCACGUUCCCCUUACAGUGCUCACGUGGAGGAAACCACAGAAGAAGUUCGACCGCCACGACGCCGCGAUACUGCUCCGUACAACAAUAGCAAUAACAAUAAUAACAUUAGUGGGCCUACGGAACUUCGAAACAAGGAUGAUCGAACAUCUACUGAAGCUCAGUCAGAUGUGCCCGUCAGUGGAAUGCCAUUUUCCUCUUCUAGCGGCACUACAAGUGCAGCCGUAUUGAGCAGCAGACAGCCUAUUCCUGAUGCACGUGGAAGUGAUGCAGUGAAGAGACGCACGACGGCACCUACACUGAAGCGUCAACUGAAGCGGCGGGAGUGCGGCGGAGAGGACGUGGCAACCCCAACCCCAACCCCAACUACAGCGACAACCACAUCAACAUCAACCAGUACCGGCAAUGGUCUUGGGGGACAGUCAUCGACGGGGGUUUCAGUAUCCGUUUCACCCACUACCGCUGUUGUUACCGGAUUUGCCGGAGUUGCUUCUGCCAGUAACGUUAGUGGUAGUGGUGGCUCUCAGGGCACUUCGCCUUCCACUGGAUUAACAACAUCUGGCAGCCGAGGAGCACCAGUGGGGGGAAGUACCAGCACAGCUGCUGGAGAGAGUUUGUACAUCCGUACCCAACCCACACGCUCAGUCAUGGCACAACAACAGCAGCAUCAUCAUAAUCAUUCACCACGUUCACUUUCACAACAACAACAACAACAACAACAAACACAACCGUCAACACAGCAGCAGCCGCAACAGCCGCAGCAACAGCAGCACCAACAACAACAACAAGUUCCAUUCCCCCUAGACAAUUCGUGUCAGAUGUUUUUGUUUCAACCCAAUGGUGGAGGUGGCGCUGGCUAUGCUGAUCCUCAGCAUUUUUAUUUUCCAAUCCCGUACGCAACAGAGGCGGCGUUGCACUACCAACAUCACCACCACCAUCAUCACCACCACCACCACCACCACCACCAUCAGCAGCAACUUCUUUUUCACCAUCCUCAUAUGACGUCAUUUUAUAUGGGUCUUGAGUUCAGUCAAAUGUACCAACAACGAGCAGCGUAUGAUGCCAUGAAUAGCAAUGGAGGCGGCAAUCACACAUCAAAUAGACAGGGAAAUGCCUUCAUACCCUCUGCCCACCACGUGCAGGGGAAUACACGCGGUAACAGCGGCUCCACACAGGGAUUGCGGGGUCGCGGACGUGGUGCAGCUCAUCGUGGCGGAAGCGCCAGUACCAGUACCACUACCAACAGUCAUGGAGAAAAAGGGACGCAAUUGAACUCAGGUACUCCAGCUAUGCUGGAGGACCCAGCAGCCACAGCCGAAGGAUCUGGACAGGAAAGUAGCAGGAGUAGUAGCGGCAGUAACCCCAAUAAUGAUGCAAACCACACAGCCCCAGGAUCACAGCCUGAUGUGCUGCCGGCAAAAGACCGGGAACAAAGCACAACUGAUACAGUAGAGAAAUCACAGGGAGAACGUCCGCCUUCUCCGAUCCAAGAAGGCCAACCACAGCCACAGCAUCAGAAUAAUCAACAGUCCAACUCUAGCCAUCAUUACCAUCAACAUUUGAGCAAUGCAAAGAUGAGAAGCGGCAGCCACCAUAGCCAUAAUCAUCCACCACCACCACCACCACCACCACCACCACCAGCGCAACAACAACAACAACAUCAUCAGCAGCAAUUAUACUGGAGGCAGCAUCAACAUGCAUCCAUGAUGAUGUCUCAACAUAUGUAUGCAUUCCAAAACUCUCUUGAGGCAGUGUCUCCCGCAGCCAUGUAUGCUUCAGCACAGAGUGCAGGGGCAUUCCAGCAACAACAACAACAACAGCAACAACAUGGUGCAGUUACCGCCGGUCCAUCAACUGGUUUCCCCAGGAUGUCUGCUCCCAGCCUUCCUCCUUAUACUUCACCUGUUGUUAUGCCUAGUGAGAGUCAGUACCAUCAUAACCAGCAACAUCAGCGAUGGCAGUCGACUUUUUCUUCACAAAGAGCGGAGAGUUCUGUUACCAGUAGUGGUACUAGCAACAAUAAUGGAAGAGGUGGUGGCCUUGCACGUCCCCCACAGCAAGUGCAGGGGUCUGUGGAAGAAGAACCAAUUGCGGAGCAACAACAACAACAACAACAACAACAACAGCAUCAGGAACCGCAGCAGGAGGUAGAGAAAGGGGAGAGUGGGGGAGACACCGGUUCCAUCUAA